AUGACUAGUCGUGGAUACCUUUUGCAGGCAGAAGAUGUUUUCAAGCUGAAUAGCAAAAAACGUGGCACCACUGCUCUGCAUGAUGAAAAUGAACAGUGGCUGAAGUGCUGGUUCAAGGUUCUAUACACAGUCAUCAUUGAGUUACAACAAUUACUGGUUUACCCAGAUAAUCCAGUUGGUGCUUUUGCUGGUAGAUAUGAUAGGAAGCAACGCAUAGGGAUCCCAUUCUUGACGCAGAUCGCUGUCUUCUGUGCCUUGAAUUUAAGUUGCACGAUGUCUUCAGCAGUUGUUCAAAUAUAUGCAGCAGAUCGCAAUGCCAUGUGGUCAAAGAAAUGCUGUGGUGUAGCUUGCCUUGUAAAGGACAAUCCACAGAGGUCAUAUUUUAUCAGAAUAUUUGACAUUAAGGAUGGGAAAUUAUUGUGGGAGCAGGAGCUGUACAAUAACUUUGUAUAUAAUAGUCCUAGAGGAUAUUUUCAUACCUUUGCUGGAGAUACAUGUCAAGUUGGUCUAAAUUUUGCUAAUGAAGAAGAAGCUAAACUAUUCCGCAAAACAGUAACAGAUUUACUUGGACGACGGCAGAGAAAAUCUG